UGGGGAAGGGUGUGCGCGUGCUGGGGGUGGGGGGGGGAAGACCUGCCGCCCCCGCCCCCCUCCCCGCUUCCCCAGCCCUUGGUUGCUAUGCAGUUUCUAUGGCAGCGGCAUCCUCAGACUCAACUUUCACCCUCGUUUAGAGCCAAUUAAGCCUGAGCGGGAAGCGGCAGCAGCUCCCCAGAGCCCUGGCGUGGCAGGGAGGGGACGGCACCCGAGCAGCCAUAUUGCAGCCCCCCGGGUCCCUCCUCCGGCCGGCGCAGGCCCCGCACUCACGACCUCCUCUGGGAGCCGGAUCCGACCUCUCCAUCGCCGCCACCCGCCGGCCUCUGCGUCCCUUGGCUUCCGACAUCCCGUCUGGCCGUCCCCCUGUGCCGGUCCGAGCCUCUGUUUAUUUCCUUUCCUACUAUCAAUACUUGACCAGCAGAAAAGGAAAGUUUAAAAAUGCCAAUCGCACAGUUGCUGGAACUAUGGAAAAAGAUCGAGGUGGAGCCUAUGGAAAUAGAGACCACAGAGGAGGAUCUCAACCUGCAUGUGGAGCCCGCCACAGAAGACACUGCGGAAGAAGAAGAAGACGUCGUGAAGGAGAUAGACAUCAGCCAUCAUGUGAAGGAGGGCUUUGAGAAGGCAGACCCUUCCCAGUUUGAGCUGCUGAAGGUUUUAGGACAAGGAUCCUAUGGAAAGGUGUUCCUGGUGAGGAAGGUGAAGGGGUCCGACGCUGGGCAGCUCUACGCCAUGAAGGUCCUUAAGAAAGCCACCCUAAAAGUUCGGGACCGAGUGAGAUCGAAGAUGGAGAGAGACAUCUUGGCAGAAGUGAAUCACCCCUUCAUUGUGAAGCUUCAUUAUGCCUUUCAGACGGAAGGAAAGCUCUACCUGAUCCUGGACUUCCUGCGGGGAGGGGACCUCUUCACCCGGCUGUCCAAAGAGGUCAUGUUCACGGAGGAGGAUGUCAAGUUCUACCUGGCUGAGCUGGCCUUGGCUUUAGACCAUCUCCACAGCCUGGGGAUCAUCUACAGAGAUCUGAAGCCUGAGAACAUCCUCCUGGACGAAGAGGGACAUAUUAAGAUCACAGAUUUCGGCCUGAGUAAGGAGGCCAUUGACCACGACAAGAGAGCGUACUCCUUCUGCGGGACGAUCGAGUACAUGGCGCCCGAGGUGGUGAACCGGCGAGGACACACGCAGAGUGCCGACUGGUGGUCCUUCGGCGUGCUCAUGUUUGAGAUGCUCACGGGGUCCCUGCCGUUCCAGGGGAAGGACAGGAAGGAGACCAUGGCUCUCAUCCUCAAAGCCAAGCUGGGGAUGCCACAGUUCCUCAGUGGGGAGGCACAGAGUUUGCUGCGAGCUCUCUUCAAACGGAACCCCUGCAACCGGCUGGGUGCUGGCAUUGACGGAGUGGAGGAAAUUAAGCGCCAUCCCUUCUUUGUGACCAUAGACUGGAACACGCUGUACCGGAAGGAGAUCAAGCCACCGUUCAAACCAGCAGUGGGCAGGCCUGAGGACACCUUCCACUUUGACCCCGAGUUCACGGCGCGGACGCCCACAGACUCUCCUGGUGUCCCCCCGAGUGCAAACGCUCAUCACCUGUUUAGAGGAUUCAGCUUUGUGGCCUCAAGCCUGAUCCAGGAGCCCUCACAGCAAGAUCUGCACAAAGUCCCAGUUCACCCAAUCGUGCAGCAGUUACACGGGAACAACAUCCACUUCACCGAUGGCUACGAGAUCAAGGAGGACAUCGGGGUGGGCUCCUACUCAGUGUGCAAGCGAUGUGUGCAUAAAGCCACGGACACCGAGUAUGCCGUGAAGAUCAUUGAUAAGAGCAAGAGAGACCCCUCGGAAGAGAUCGAGAUCCUCCUGCGGUACGGCCAGCACCCGAACAUCAUCACCCUCAAGGAUGUCUAUGAUGAUGGCAAGUUUGUGUAUCUGGUAAUGGAGCUGAUGCGUGGUGGGGAGCUCCUGGACCGCAUCCUCCGGCAGAGAUACUUCUCGGAGCGCGAAGCCAGUGACGUCCUGUGCACCAUCACCAAGACCAUGGACUACCUCCAUUCCCAGGGGGUUGUUCAUCGAGACCUGAAGCCGAGUAACAUCCUAUACAGGGAUGAGUCGGGGAGCCCAGAAUCCAUCCGAGUCUGCGACUUCGGCUUUGCCAAGCAGCUGCGCGCGGGGAACGGGCUGCUCAUGACACCCUGCUACACGGCCAAUUUCGUGGCCCCGGAGGUCCUGAAGCGUCAAGGCUAUGAUGCGGCGUGUGACAUCUGGAGUUUGGGGAUCCUGUUGUACACCAUGCUGGCAGGAUUUACCCCUUUUGCAAAUGGGCCAGACGAUACCCCUGAGGAGAUUCUGGCACGGAUCGGCAGUGGGAAGUAUGCCCUUUCUGGGGGAAACUGGGACUCGAUAUCUGACGCAGCUAAAGACGUCGUGUCCAAGAUGCUCCACGUGGACCCUCAUCAGCGCCUGACGGCGAUGCAAGUGCUCAAACACCCGUGGGUGGUCAACAGAGAGUACCUGUCCCCAAACCAGCUCAGCCGACAGGACGUGCACCUGGUGAAGGGCGCGAUGGCCGCCACCUACUUUGCUCUAAACAGAACACCUCAGGCCCCGCGGCUGGAGCCCGUGCUGUCGUCCAACCUGGCUCAGCGCAGAGGCAUGAAGAGACUCACGUCCACGCGGUUGUAGCGGGUGGGACCCUGGCCCCAGCGUCCCCUGCCAGCAUCCUCGUGGGCUCACAGACCCCGGCCUCGGAGCCCGUCUGGCACCCAGAGUGACCACAAGUCCAGCAGGGAGGCGGCGCCCGCCCUCGCCGUGUCCGUGUUUUCUUUUUCAGCCCCGGAGAGGGUCCUGACCUGGGGGCUUCUCCAAGCCUCACUGCGCCAGCCUCCCCGCCCGCUCUCUUUUCUCCCAAGCAAAACCAAAUGCGCCCCUUCACCUCGCGUGCCCGUGCGAGGCCGGGGGCUUCUUUCAGAGCCCGCGGGUCUUCUCACACAUGGCUUCUGUUUCUGCCGAGAGAUCUGUUUUCCAAUUAUGAAGCCGGUCGGUUUGGUCAGACUCCCGACACCCACGUCCCAGGUACCCGGUGGGAAAGUGGCAGUGCGAGGGCACAGCCAUUGGUGGUUGCAGGGCCCCAGAGGGCUGGGGUGACCUGGCAUCCCGGGGCUCCCCACGGGCUGGAUGACGGGGUUGGCACUGUGGCGUCCAGGAGGAGAUGCCUGGUUCUGCCCAAAAUAAUCCAAAGAGCCGUUUCCUCCUCGCCCUUCAGUUUUUGCCUGAGGUGCUGGGUAGCCCAUCCUUUCCUCUGUCCCAGAUUCAAAUGAGGAGUAAGAGCCCAGACGAGAGGAAGGCAGGCUGGAUCUUUGCCUUGAGAGCUCCGUGUCACCAGGAUGGAAGGGGGUGCCUCUCGGAGGAGCCUGUGUCCACCUCCAGUCUCGGCUUUCCCCGGGGGGCCAAGCGCACUGGGCUGCCGUCUGUCCCCAGCUCCCGUGGCCACACAGCUACCUGGAGGCUUUGCAGGGAGUCGUGGGUUCUCGCACCUGCUCAGCCCUGUGUCGGCUUCCUAUGUGCUCACCUAAAGCUGUGGUUUUGCUGUAUUCACUUCGAUUUUUCUGGUCUGUGGAGAAACUGUGAAUUGGAGAAAUGGAGCUCUGUGGCUUCCCACCCAAACCUUCUCAGUCCAGCUGGAGGCUGGAGGGAGACACAGGCCCCACCCAGCAGACUGAGGGGCAGAGGCACAGGUGGGAGGGCAGCGGAGAUCAGCGUGGACAGGAGCGAUGCACUUUGUAGAUGCUGUGGCUUUGUGUUGCGUUUUGUGUCUCUGUUGCACAGAUCUGUUUUUUCACACUGAUCCGUAUUCCCCUGGGUGUGCACACAGGGCGGGUGUGGGGCAUUAGGCCAUGCUGUGCUCUCCUUCAUUGAGUAAAAUCGAGUGAGAGGUUCCGGGCAGCAGGAUCGACGCCCAGUCCAGCCGGCAGAGGGAACACACGGGUCCUUCAUUGUCCUGUAAGGGUGUUGAAGAUGCUCCCUGGCGGCCCCCAAGCGGACUAGAUGGGAGGAGGCGCCGCUCAGCCCCUCACCCUGCAUCACUGAAGAGCGGCACCUCUGCAGCAAGCAGGGCUUCAGGAGGUGCCCGCUGGCCACAGCCAGGUUUUCCCUAAGAAGAUGUUAUUUUGUUGGGUUUUGUUCCCCCUCCAUCUCGAUUCUCGUACCCAACUAAAAAAAAAAAAAUAAAGAAAAAAUGUGCUGCGUUCUGAAAAAUAACUCCUUAGCUUGGUCUGAUUGUUUUCAGACCUUAAAAUAUAAACUUGUUUCAGAAGCUUUAAUCCAUGUGGAUUUUUUUUUCUUAGAGAACCACAAAACAUAAAAGGAGCAAGCUGGACUGAAUACCUGUUUCCAUAGUGCCCACAGGGUAUUCCUCACAUUUUCUCCAUAGAAGAUGCUUUUUCCCAAGGCUAGAACGACUUCCACCAUGAUGAAUUUGCUUUUUAGGUCUUAAUUAUUUCACUUCUUUUUAGAAACUUAGGAAAAAGUGGAUAAUCCUGAGGUCACACAAUCUGUCCUCCCAGAAAUGAACAAAAGUCAUCACCUCUUCUGCUUGCUACACAGGCAACGAUUCCCCCAUCAGAUGCCCGGACCCUUUGGCCUGGCUUGGUGUGCAGGCCUGUCUGUUUGCUUAAAGUCCGUGGGUUCUGGUGCAGGGAGUGAGAAGUUGGGGAAGUGAAAGGGAAAGCAUCCGUGAGAAAGCGGCCAUGGUUUUCCCUCCUUGUGUGCCCAUGGGGCACCAGCUCAUGGUCUUUUUCAGUCAUCCCAGUUUGUACAGACUUAGCUUCUGAACUCUAAGAAUGCCAAAGGGACCGACGAGACUCCCCAUCACAGCGAGCUCUGUCCUUACAUGUAUUUGAUGUGCAUCAGCGGAGGAGAACACUGGCUUGGCCCUGCUCCACUGAGUGUCUGUGAAAUACCUCUACUUUCCCUCCCAUAUCCAGAACAAAAUGAUACUUGACAUCCUUCCACAAAAGUCAGCCUAAAGAAGUUAUGGUAUCAUAUGUUAAACUAAGCUUUCAAAAACCUUAGUGAAAUAGCAAGUGACUGCUUUCAAGCAGCAGUCGACAUGAAAAUGAAGGUGUUCUUAGAAUUCGCAUUUUGCCAGCUCAGCGCACCUCCACGCCGAAUGAAAUGCUCCGUAUGAUUUGCACAAAUGACAUAGACCUCCCCAAAAGUUAAUUGGCUCUCCUUCCUCACACAGUUCAUCAUAACCCACCCCCCCGACCCCCGGGUCAUGAAAAUCACAGAACUUAUAAACACAUUGAACCCUAGAUCUCAGGCUUCCUGACCUACCGCCAGUGGCCCCUUGCUGGCCACCCUAUAGGGUCCUCCUUCCCUGGCAGCCCCCCAUGUGGGAGAAAUACCUGAUUCUCCCAAUCUGCAGUGGGAGAGCUUUGCUGAAUUCCAUCCCAAAGUCAAACAUGGGCAAGAGGUGAGGAUUUCACUUUUACCCUCAAGUCCGAUUUGUCUGUGAUUUUAAACUAACUGUGUAUGUAUUGAUGUUUGGAAGAUUGUUUGAAUUUUAAAGUGAUAAUAGUACUUAAUGUUAUCCAGUAUUGUUCAUUAAAUGGUGUUAUCCUAAAGCUGCACUUGGGAUUUUUACCUAACGCUUUACUGAUUCUCUCAAGCACAUGGCAAAGUUUGAUUUGCACUCCGUUCAUUUCUGACACGUUUUGCUGCCUCCUACCUUUCUAAGCGUCAUGCAAAUUCGAGAAUGGAGAAGGACGCUGCCGGUCCCUGAGCGGUGUGGAGAGGGCAGAAGGUGGACUCCAGCGCAGCUUGAGGGGCUGAGGACGGAGGCUGCAGCGUCUGUGUCAUUCUACUGAGCACGCUUCUCUGCCUCGCUCCUGACUCAGCACUUUGUUCACUGGCUCAGCAGUUAUGUUUACACAUCAUUUUUAUGUUCCUGCUUUGUAAUUCAUGUUUGAGAUGGGUGGCCACUGUACAGAUAUUUAUUACGCUUUCCAGACUUUCUGAAUAGAUUUUUUUGAAUAAACAUGGUUUUAUGAAGUGUAA